AUGUGGGUGUGGGAGUCCAUAGAAUGUGUAUCAGAUGUGCGUGCUUCCUGUCUCGAAAGUAUUUUCCGGAAGAUCAAUUUGAAAACGAAGGAAUUAAAUAAUGGUGAAUACUUAAAUCAUCUAAGAUUUGCAGAUGACAUAAUACUGAUGUCAAAAACUGCUGAAGAAUUGCAAGACAUGCUAAAUGACCUCAAUAGGGAAAGUUUGAACAGAUCUAAAACAAAAGUAAUGUCUAACAGCAAGGCACAAAAUGCUAAGAUUAAAAUCAAGAUGAGAAUCUUGAAGAAACACAAGGUGGAAAGAUGGGAUUGUGAAAUAUGCAGAAAACACAUGACAAAGAAUGGCACAGUGCAGAAAGAUAUGGAAAAUAUCUGGGAGGCCUUUGUUCAGCAGUGGACAUGA